AUGGCAAGUCAAAGAUCGGGAUCUUCUUUUCUCGGUGAGCUGUUUAAUCGUAACCAGGAUGUUUUCUACUCCUUUGAGCCUAUUCGUCCGCUUACAUUCGCCGUGCUUCGCGGUGAGCUCGAUAACAACCAAUUCGAAAACGAGGCAAUUGCUAAAUUAUCAAAUACGUUGAAAUGUAAGGAUGUGAGGGUGUACAAAAGAACUGGAAAGAGUAGAACCGAUCGUAAAUUAUUCGAUUUGACAAAGGCGUGCAAGAACAAGCGCCACGUAGCAGUAAAAGAAAUCCGUUUUUACAAACUCGAUACUCUUCGAACACUAGCCGAGGACCCGAAUUUGAAUUUUAAAAUAAUCCACCUCGUUCGAGACCCGAGAGCAAUUAUAAAUUCCAGGGAGAACUCAUUUUUCUCUAAUCAUGACUUCAAAAGAAAACGAGUUCCGUGGGACGAGGUGACAGACUUGUGCAAAGACUUGCAGCAUAAUUUAGACCUGAUAACGACACUUCCGCAAUGGUUGAAAGGGAAAUACUUUUUAGUCCGUUACGAGGACUUGGCACUCCGCCCUCUAGAGGCAACGAGGGAUAUUUACAACUUUUCGGGGAUGCCGAUGGACGAAGACGUCGAGAAGUGGGUGUAUGAAAACACACAGACAGAGCAAGGUGGCGACUUAUCCACGACUAGGAAUUCCACCGAAAGAGUUACAGCGUGGCGGAAUGAAUUGUCGUUUUCCGUUAUAGCGGAUAUACAGAACAAGUGUAAAGAACCCAUGGAAAUGCUCGGCUACAUUUCACUACAAGACCAAACACAGCAAAAUACGUUAUCUUUACCUGUUUUUACAGAUGAAACAGAGUUUUUCAACUUCCCGUAUAUCCUUUAA